UGAUGGCAAUGGGCCCGAGCGUGUCCUGCUAGGGGUGCACCACCAGCCUCGCACAGCAAGUCCCUCCUUGGCUGGGCAAACCUCCCCAAAUCCUGCAGCCUGACAACAGCACUGGGAGCCAGCAGAUGCCCUGGGAUAAUAGCUAGGAAUAAAAGGUGUUAGAGGGAAUUGUCACCAGAGAACAGCUGCUUUCACUGGUGUCAGAUAAGGCAGAAGUUUAGGCUUCUGAUUGACAGAUAAAGACCAAUAUCAGCCUUUUUGUUCCUGACAUGGACCUGUUCCAAAGAGUGUGGUUUGUCCCAAGCAAAUAGGAGCACCAUCUUUCCACACCCUACAAGGUCCAGUGCAAACCAGCUGCACAACACUCAGAGGUAUUUCCCAUCUUAUUGGGACUUCAGGAUAGAGCUCCAAAAACCCCCAUACCAGUCAAGCCAUCUGGUUUACUCUGGAUGCCCGGCAGCAUUUUGGGGCUGUGCAUUCUUCAGCACCAUUUCCUGGCACAGGGUCCCUGAGCCAGUGACACCCACGGGGACAUGGAGAACCUGUAAUAGCCUCUCCCACAUGAAGUGUAGGGCCUGGAGUGCAGCGUGCAGUGUUUACAGAAUCCCACCACCCCCUGCAGCCGGGAUAUUGGCGCUCACUGCUGUGAGGCCCGAGCGUGAGGAGGUAUCCUGUCCCUUGUGAGGCCAGGCGCUGAUGGCCAUGUCCCUCAAGUGUGAGGAGCUUUCCUGUCCCUGGCGAGGCCGGGCACUGAUGGCCAUGUCCCUCAAGUGUGAGGAGCUUUCCUGUCCCUAUCGAGGCUGGGCACUGAUGGCCAUGUCUCCCAAGCAUGAGGAACUUUCCUGUCCCUGUCGAGGCCGGGCACUGAUGGCCGUGUCCCCCAAGCCUGAGGAGCUUUCCCAUCCCUGGUGAGGCCGGGCACUGAUGGCCGUGUCCUCCAAGUGUGAGGAGGUUUCCUGUCCCUGCCAAGGCCGAGCACUGAUGGCCAUGUCCUCCAAGUGUGAGGAGCUUUCCUGUCCCUGCCAAGGCCGGGCACUGAUGGCCAUGUCCUCCAAGUGUGAGGAGGUUUCCUGUCCCUGCCAAGGCCGGGCACUGAUGGCCGUGUCCCCCUCAGGCCGUGCCGCCGCCGAGCCCCGCGAUGCUGCAGUGCAAACACGCGCAGGAGUUCAGCUUCGGGCCCCGCGCUCUGAAGGACGCGCUCAUCUCCACCGACCCCGCGCUGCAGGAGCUCUACGCCAAGGCCUUCUCCAGGGCGGAGAAGCUGUUCCUGUCCGAGGCCUACAACCCCCAGCGCACGCUGUUCUGCACGCUGCUCAUCCGCACGGCCUUCGACUGGCUGCUCAGCCACCCCGAUGCCCCCGAGGACUUCGAGACCUUCUACCACGCCAUGCUGAGGAGGAAGCAGAACUUCUGUCGAAAGCACAUUUACCUGCAGCCUAUAGAUUUAAUUGAAGGCCCUGCUGGGCUCUCACUGCUGGAUUCCCUCCAGAGCUGUGUGGAGUCUUUCUUCCUGGGCCUGCGUGUGAAGUGCCUUCCCUCCAUCCCAGUCUCUUCCAUCCACUGCUGCUUCCGCCACAGCCGGGACUCGGACAGGGUGCAGCUCCAUGCAGAUGGGAUCCUGAAUUUCCUGAAGAAUAACAAGCCCAUGGAUGCUCUGUGUGUCCUUGGACUUACCCUGCUGGACCUUUACCCAUGUGAAACCUGGAGCUUCACAUUCAGCAAAUUCCUGCCAGGACAAGAAGUGGGAGUCUGCAGCUUUGCCAGGUUUUCUGGGGAUUUCCCCCAGGCUGGUUGUAGCAGCUUGAACCUACCCACGCAGAAGGAAGAGCUCUGUGAAGUCAGCAAGGAGGGCAGAGACCGGACCUUGCAGUUCAGUGCCCAGGAGAUGGUCCAGUGCUGUAAGGUGACCUGCCACGAGAUCUGCCACCUGAUGGGGCUGGGGACGUGCCGCUGGCUGCAGUGCAUCAUGCAGGGCGCCCUGAGCCUGGACGAGGCGCUGCUGCGGCCCCUGGAGCCGUGCCCCAUCUGCCUGCGCAAGCUGCAGCACGUCGUGGGCUUCAAACUCAUCGAGCGCUACAGGAAGCUCUAUGCUUGGACACAGACCGUGCUGUCCACGUGGCCAAGGCAGGAGCCAGCAGAGCUGUCUGCCUCAGAGGACAUCCUCCCGUUCAGCUCCGACUCCGGGAUGUGCUGCGAGAACGACUCCGAGGCCGUGACCUCCCUGUCCGAGCCGCUGACCCCCGACACCUGCAGCCAGGGCCUGUCCAUGGGGCCCGAGCUGGAGCAGGACGAGCAGCCGAGCUCCCUGCAGGAGGGGCAGGGCCAGCCCCGGCUCCCUGGGCACAGCAAGGCCACGGACACCAUCAAGGAUUACGAGCUGUGGCUGGAGAUGUGCAUUGCUGCCCUGGAGAGGAACGUCUCUGAGGAGGAACUGGCUCAAGUGGACAAGACCGUGGACGCCCUGGCUAAGUGGGAAAUGUUUACAGGCCAGCUGCCUGCUAUGAGGAAGGACCUGCCCUUUGCUAGGGACAGCACUGGGCUACGCAAAGUUCUUGGAGACAAAUUUUCCUCCUUGAGGAGGAAGCUGAGUUCCAGAAAACUGUCCAAAGGGGAAUCGUCCCCUCAUCGCUGGCGGUGGGAGGACAAUUAGGCUGGGGCUGCCUUGGGCCAGCUUUGCUCACAUCACUGGCUUCAAGCCUUCCUCACCCCAAGCUGUUGCUGUCUCAGAGAAACAGCAACUCCCCCCAGGAAUAAAAGGUGUUUUGUUUACUGAGAUUGCUAACACAGUUUUGAUGUGAUUAGUUCUUCUCUAAGGGUUUUUCCUUAAAUGACACCACCGGUCCACACCCACCUCAAGUCCCAUGUUGGUACUCUUAUUUUCUUGGUCUGAAGUUGGCCAGGAAGGUCAGCCAGGUCCCCACUAAAGACUGAACAUGCUCACACAGGAGCUUGGGCCAU